CAUGCCUCUCCCCCACCCUGCUGUCAGAUCUUCGCGCCCAUCAAGUUGGGGAGCUGCAAGGCCCCCUGGGAGUUGAAGGCUUUCAGGGGUUGCUACGGCGCCGGGGGCGGGGCGGGCGCUUGGGCCAUCUCGGCGGUUUGGCCAGGAGGAGGGGCUUUUCUGAGGCCACGCCCCCGCCGGCAUGCGGCCCGCCCGGAGUGCGCUCUGGCUGCGCCUGACCUUGGCUUUGGGCCUGGCACUCGUUGGCCCCAUGGCUGUGGGUUGGACCUCACCCCGGGCUCCCAUCUAUGUCAGCAGCUGGGCCGUGCGGGUGUCCCAGGGUUACCAGGAAAUCGAGCGCCUGGCGCGCAAAUUCGGCUUCGUCAACCUGGGGCCGAUCUUCCCUGAUGGGCAGUAUUUCCAUCUGCGGCACCGGGGUGUGGUCCAGCAGUCCCUUACCCCACACUGGGGCCACCGCCUGCGCCUGAAGAAAGACCCCAAGGUGCAGUGGCUCCAGCAGCAGACGGUGCAGCGGCGGGUGAAACGCUCCUUGGUGGUGCCCACGGACCCCUGGUUCUCCAAGCAGUGGUACAUGAACAAGGAGGUGCAGCCGGACCUGAACAUCCUGCAGGUCUGGAGCCAGGGGCUUUCUGGCCAGGGCAUCGUGGUUUCUGUCCUGGACGACGGCAUCGAGAAGGACCACCCAGACCUCUGGGCCAACUAUGACCCCCUAGCCAGCUACGACUUCAAUGACUAUGACCCGGACCCCCAGCCGCGAUACACAUCCAGCGAUGAGAACCGGCAUGGGACCCGCUGUGCUGGGGAAGUGGCAGCGACGGCAAACAACAGGUUCUGUGGUGCUGGCGUCGCCUACAAUGCCCGAAUUGGAGGGGUGCGCAUGUUGGACGGCACCAUCACUGACGUGAUCGAGGCCCAGUCGCUGAGCCUGCAGCCUCAGCACAUCCACAUCUACAGCGCCAGCUGGGGCCCCGAGGACGACGGCCGCACAGUGGACGGCCCGGGCAUCCUCACCCGAGAGGCCUUCAGGCGCGGUGUGACCAAGGGCCGAGGCGGGCUGGGCACCCUUUUCAUCUGGGCGUCGGGCAACGGCGGCCUGCACUAUGACAACUGCAACUGUGACGGCUACACCAACAGCAUCCACACGCUCUCGGUGGGCAGCACCACCCAGCAGGGCCGCGUGCCCUGGUACAGCGAGGCCUGCGCCUCCACGCUCACCACUACCUACAGCAGCGGCAUUGCUGCCAACCCCCAAAUCGUCACAACAGACCUGCACCACCGGUGCACGGACAAGCACACGGGCACCUCGGCCUCCGCCCCGCUGGCUGCGGGCAUGAUCGCCCUGGCUCUGGAGGCCAACCCGUUCUUGACGUGGAGGGACAUGCAGCAUCUGGUGGUCCGGGCGUCCAGGCCAGCGCAGCUCCAGGCCGAGGACUGGAGGACCAACGGCGUGGGGCGCCAAGUGAGCCACCACUACGGCUACGGGCUGCUGGACGCCGGGCUGCUGGUGGACUUGGCUCGCUCGUGGCUGCCCACACAGCCCCAGAGGAAAUGCAUCAUCCGCAUCGUGCACACCCCCACCCCCAUCCUGCGGGUGAUGCACGUGAGGAAGAACGUGUCGGCCUGCUUCGGCCACGCCAACUACAUCCGCUCGCUGGAGCACGUGCAGGUGCAGCUGUCCCUGUCCUACAGCCGCCGUGGGGACUUGGAGAUCUCGCUCACCAGCCCCAUGGGCACCCGCUCCACGCUUGUGGCCAUCAGACCCUUUGACGUCAGUGGCCAAGGCUACAACAACUGGAUCUUCAUGUCCACCCACUUCUGGGACGAGGACCCGCGCGGCUUGUGGACCCUGGUCCUGGAGAACAAGGGCUACUAUUUCAACACAGGGACGCUGUACCACUACACGCUGCUGCUCUAUGGGACAGCUGAGGACAUGACGGCGCGGCCCUCGGGCCCCCAGGGGACCAGCAGCGCGUGUGUGCAGCGGGACACAGAGGGGCCGUGCCAGGAAUGCCAGAGCCCGGCCUACCUCCUGGGCCACCUCUGCCUCACCUACUGCCCACCGAGGUACUUCAACCACACCCAGCAGGCGGUGACGGCUGAACCUGGGCGCCCAGCCGCGCCUGCCCUGCGGGUCUGCUCCAGCUGCCACCCGUCCUGUUACACCUGCCGCGGCAGCUCCCCGCUGGACUGUACCGCUUGCCCCCCGCCGUCCAUGCUGGACGUGCAGCGGGGCUCCUGCUCGGGACCCGACCCCCCUGAGGGCCCCCCCCAGCCCACUGCGACCGCCUGCCCCUGCCGCCACGGCCCGGCCCAGGCCGUGGUGCUGGCCCUGUUGGCCGUGGCCUUCGGGAGCCCCCUCCUCUGCCGCAUCCUCCUUGUAGGCUGCCCGCCACCAUGGGUGGGACCCCCCAGAGCAGGGGGCCACUCCCAUCACCACUCCAGACCCCGCUGCAAGCUGGAACCCAGAGCUGGUUGACAAGGACAGCUAGCGUGCGCCUCCACCCAGGUCACUGGUGGGCACCGCUGCCCUGCUGUCCAGACGGGCGCCCUGUGGGAACCUGCCCCGGGAAGGCCCUGGCUGCCACCGAGGCCGUGGGCCAGGGGCGGCUGCGUGGGACCCUGCACCCCGGACUUGGCAGGUCCAGGUGAAAGAGGGGGAGAGAGAGAGAGAAGUCUCGUUGCACAGUUUGGGUAGGGAGAGGGUAGGAUGGGGCAGAGCCCGGCAGUGACCACCAUCCCUUCCCUUUCCGGAAUGGGGGAAGCAGGAAGGAGAGCAGAUGACACCGUCCAGGGUCUCGGGUACCACGUGCGACCUCAGAGUUUGCAAAUAAAGGUUGAAUAGGAGGUGCAAGUCUGUGGGCUCCUUUGGGGCACCGGUCCCUUCUCCAUGGAAUGAUUGUGGGAGUCCCCUGCGUAUCAUGUGGAAUCUGCCUUC